AGGAGGACUGGAGGAGCUACCAAAGCUGUCCGGGGGCUCUUACUUCUCAAUGGCUGGACUAUAUGGGUACCUCCCACUCAUGGUGAUGUCAAUCCAGCUGCUUUGCUAUCUCCUGCUGGGUCCUGUGGAUGCCACUUCACACACAGAGCCAACAAGUGUCUCUAGGAUGCUCCCUCCCCUGAAGUCGGGAUACCAGAUGACGACCUCAGACCCCUUGUCCUGCCAGAUGCUGCUCCCAAAGUCCCUGCCUGGCUUCACUCACAUGCCCCCUGUCUCCAAAUUCCUGGUAGGCCUGGCUCUAAGGAACGCUCUGGAGGAAGCUGGCUGCCAGGCUGAUGCCUGGGCUCUUCAGCUUCAGCUCCACCGAUUAGGAGGGGUGGAGGCUACACAAGCCCUCAUCCACCACCUCCAAGAGCUCCAGAAAGGUGGACACACAGACUGGAAAGUAUCUGUGGAUGCCCUAUCCUGUGCUCUACAGCUCUUAGCCCGGGAGCAGCCAGGUCCAAAGAGGGCCAAACGUUCGAUUUCUAACACAGACUGUGAGAAUGAUAAGGAACAGAGAGUGCACAAUGUGGUUGACCUGCUGCCAGCAGUAGGGACCUACUACAACCUAGGCACAGCUCUGUAUUACGCCAUUAAGAAUUGCUCUGACAAGGCCAAGGAACGGGGUCGAGAUGGGGCCAUAGACCUGGGUUAUGAUCUUUUGAUGGCCAUGGUGGGUGCAUCUGGGGGACCAGCUGGUGCGGUAAUCACUGCUGCUCUUAAGCCAGCGAUGAAGGCUGGGGUUCAGCGGCUGAUCCGAUAUUAUUAUGAUGAGAAAGAGGCGAUCACCCCUCAGCCAGAGGUGACCACCCCUCAACCAGAGACCGGGAGGGAUACAACCACAGAUAGCAGUGAUGUGGCAGAAACGACUAUGUCCAAUUGGGUGUCAGAAGUUGAAAGUACAACUUCUAACUGGGAGUGGCCUUCAUUAAAGAACUACGGUGUCUUGGCAUUCAAGAGAUAGUAACAGAACAACAAAUAAGUGGAAAAUUCUAACAAGAGAAGUGUAGAUGGAUGGAUGGGUGGAUGUUGGGAUGGAUACUGUCUUCAUUUGCCAGUGCUUUCCUUCUUGAGACUCAGAUUUUAUACUCUAAUGGGGCAAACUUUCAUCUGCACAAGUGAUUAUAGAAAUUAAAAGUGGCAUCAUGAA